GGAAUAUUACUGUUUAAUAUUAUACUAAUAGAUGGCGCUAUGAUGUUAAAUUUUUUGCGUUCCUGAUUAGUUUACAUAUCUAAUAGUAGAUGGCUAUGAAAAUUUAAAGUUUGUAAUGGCGCGUGAACCGUUUGACAAUUAUUGCAGCUUCACAUUAAUGUCAAUCAACUGUAUACAGAUAAAAACUUGCUACUGAGGUAUUAGAAUGUGAUCAUAGUCAUUAAUGACAUAAACACUUAUGGUGGUACAACAAUAAUAAUAGUAAUAUAAUAGGAAGCUAUUAUGAUUAAUAACAUGGAUGAAGAAUGAUGUAAAGUGUAUAAGUACUUAUACUCACACUUACCCCAAACCUUUCAGACUCACACAUAUCAUCUACUCUGGAACCAACCACAUAAGUGUUGGAUUCAUCUGAAUUUAUGUUUACAAUAUGAAGGAAGGGUUAAACAGUCACAGUAUUAUAAUUGACAAGUAAAUUAUACGGAAAAUAAUACGGUUGAUUUAUCUUUGUAACUGUAACGUACGCAUUACAUUCCUUUGUCAGAGGUGCGAUCUCUGACCGCCAAAUGGACUGUUAAAGGUCAUUAUUCCUUAUCUUACUCGUCUGGUCAACAUUAUCGACCCUGACAGUAGUGCAAGAGGUUCCAUGGUUGAUUCACGAUUGUUCCCAUAGAAACGUAGCUUGCGAUCGAAUCGUGGCCGCGUGUACCUUUCGUAUUUGAUACUGUAUCAUAUGUGUGUAUGUGCCAGAUUUCGAACCCAACGUUCGCGCCGGAAGUGGUGGUCGUUCCGGAAGAUCAAGCGGUUCCUCGUCGCUCCAGACAAGAGAUAGAGGAAAUGGCACGUCUUGGCGGAAGUUGGGGACUUUUAAAAAAUAAUAUGAACAUCCGCACCAAUAUUCGUACAUAUCAAAAUGGAUCAAGAAUGUCCUUGGUGGAAACGAAGGACAAACAAUUGUCCUCAAAACCUUUCCGUGCCACUGGACAUUACGGAAGUACGGUCAGUCUGAAGAGUCUGGCGACAGAGAGUUCCGGAAACGGUAGCACGAACCUAAAGUGUCUGGACUGCAAUGGUGGUAGCUUGAUAAAUCUGCACGAGCAACCGGAAGUGUCGCAAAUCAGGCACAGAAGCCCGAGCCUGCCGCCGAUUUACAAUAAGGAUCAGCAACAAUAUGUCUGUCAGGGUCAGCAACGAGACUUUGCCAACGAAGGACUACACUAUCGCCCUGAGAAAACACAGCAACAACGCAAUCAUCGACUCUACGACCGCUAUGAAAAUUCAAAGAACAAUCAUUAUGCAUCACAGGGAGAGGAACGCGAGGGAGAAACUUCCGGUUAUGCUAGUGACUCUGUGGAUGCUCCUGUGACAACAGAAUCAGUGUUACCUGGAUGCAAGCCACCAACAGCUGAAAUGCCUGAGAAAACGUGGCAGAAUCCUUACCAAACCACACCGGAAAGUUCGUUGCCACCUUCGAGAAGGUUAUCUGAUAGCAGGAUAGGAGAACUUAACAGGCCAAGGUGGGGUAGUGUAUGGGGUCAAGAGACUGCACGCGGAGAUCCACCACCACCGCCUUCUUGGCUAGCAAGAUUAGGACAAUCAAGCCAAGUGCUGGUGAUAAAUCACGAAAGUGCAAGCAGUUCGGACAGCUCAACCAUAGGAUCGAUUGGAUCCGACAACAAGACCUACCUUCGUGGACAAAAUAUACCCGUGGACGCAGACGUUCUUCACGAACGGGAGGCAAAGAGACAAAAAGCGUUGGAGCUACAGAAUGCGAUCAAAAAGCAACUCGAAGAGAAAGAUCGCCAGAAAAAAGAAGAUAAGGAAAGGAAACUCAGGGAAGAACGUUUGGAAGAAGAGCGCAUCAAACGGGAGAGGGAAAGAGAAAAGGAAAGAUUCGAAGAAGAACAAAGAAGAAUAAAAGAACGAGAAGCAGUUAAAUUAAAGCAAGCCGAGGCAAUGCGCGAGGUUCUGAAAGCGGCGGAGCGUUUGGCGAAGGAGCAGAAAAAGGUUCGGCGAAAGUUUGAGGAAACUGAUGAAGAAAACACGAUCACAUCGUCCAGGGAAUGUGAAUCGAAGAUCUCAAACGAGAAUCAAACCAAACAAAAUUGUCCAAGUGCAAGGACACAGCAGAACACAAUUCCUAGCAUCGACAUGCAAGACACGAACAAGAAACACACAGAUAACAAUAAGGACAAAGAAGAUAAUAAUAAGGAUGCAUUAAACGAUUCAGAGAAGCCAGACCAAGACAAGAAUGAUCUGAAACCAAUUCAAGUUCCUAUUAGCAAAGACGUAGCAAUUGUACUAAGUGGCAGACUGGAAGAUUCAGAUAUCCUCAACAAAGCAAACCUGCAGUUGGUUAACCUAGUACUGACUCCAACGCCAAGGACGAUUGAAAAUAAUUCAAACAAUAUAUCAGUAGGUUUAAAUACUUUUAUACACAAUAUAGGAAGUUCGAACUUCAACCCAGGCUCGUCCAGAAUUCCAUCAACGAUCGUGGAAAACAGAUUGCUCACACCUAGCAAGUAUAGAUCCUCGAAUGGUAGAGAUUUUGGAACCCAGACGGAUAUAGAAAACGAUCAAGAUUUUCGGGAGAAGGAUUUGAAGGACGCUUCUAUGAAGGACCGCAAGGACGCGACGAAUGCUAAUAAAAGGGAUAUCGAAAAGUCCAUAAAUAUUGGUUCAACAGAAGAGAUUACCGUGAAGACUCUUCCUAGAUUAAAAUGUCAAUCUAGAAGAGGAAUUGAUUCUAGACCACAAUGGAAUGCUAAUAGGCCAGGUACUCGGUACCGUACACAAAGCGAAAAAGACCCACAUUACCAAAGACGUUUGCGAAUGAGAAGACGUCAAGUUGAAUCCAGUGAUGAACGUUCAAGGUCACCAUCGCCAGACAGAAGAAAACUAAUAAACGUCAAGUCGAAGCUCCGAAUGAUAAAUAAGCCAAAGACAAAAGUGGAUAGUUACGAUGCAGACCUCUCGAUGGACAGUUUAAAUUCCAUCAUACCAUUGCGCACUGAUAAAAACGGAAGAAUCACUAUCGAAGAAAGUAGAUGCGACCGAAGUGAUAAGAUUCGGACCGACAAUAAUCGUGUCCAUGGAAUAGACAAUAUUAGAGAAUCGGAGAACGAUAAUUCUAAUAUCUGGUGCGGACAGGAAAUUUUGUCUAAAUUAUCUUCUCUGAAAAAUGGUCUCUUAAUGAAACAGAUGGAAUGGGACUCCGAGAGAUGUCUAGUCUCUCCUGCUGCAUCCGAGAUUUAUUAACGACAAUCAAGCAACCGCGUU